AUGGAGACACAUCGUCGACGAAGUGGAAGAAGGCUGGGACACGCGUGCGGUCCACCAUCGCGUCGCGCAUGUGGAAUGCAGCGCAAUGAAUCGGGAGGUGAACUGCUAUCAUCUCAGGCGUUGGACGCACACAGAGAUUGGAGAUGGUUAAUUCGUGACGUUAAUAGCCACCUGGAGCAGCAGGAUAGGGAAGAAUGGUGCGCUUACCACCCGACAAUGGGCCACAUUACAGAGGAAUGUUGUGAUUUGCAGCGCGCGGUUGAGCAUCUGAUAGCGGUAGGGGGACCUAUUAGAGCUCAGGGCGAUAAGGCCUCAACGAUUAAAGAUGUGAGCACGAUCGCAGGAGGAUUUGGCGGCGGUGGAGUCACUAGUGCAGCAAGAAAGCGAUACGCCAGGGCGGUGAACGCGGUCACGAAGGUUCCUUUCGAUUUUUCACACCUAGACAUUACAUUUUCGCCCGUGGACUUUUGCGGAAUAAAGCCGCACCUAGACGAUCCGAUUGUGGUCCUACUCCGUGUCAACCAGCUCAAUGUACAGCGAGUGCUUCUGGAUCAAGGGACUUCGGCGGACAUCAUUUACGAUAACGCGUUUGAUCGGUUCGGUUUGAACGAAGGAGACCUUACUCCCUACGCAGGGACUCUUGUGGGGUUUGCAGGCGAACAAGUAUGGGUAAGGGGUGUCCUCGACCUUGAUACUAUAGUAUGUGAGUUUGAGAACGCUAAGACGCUGAAGGUACGGUACCUAAUCCUGGGAGCGGUGAGAUCCUACAACAUGAUAAUCGGCCGGAAUACCUUGAACCGUUUGUGCGUUGUGAUCUCAACAGCACAUUUGGCGGUCAAGUAUCCGUUACCAGAUGGGCGUAUUGGGAGAGUUGUUGUGGACCAGAAGAGUGCAAGAGAAUGCUAUUGCAACGCGGUGCAACGAUAUGGGAAAAAGAAUGCCUCGACAGGACACCGAUGCAACGAGGUUGAUGUGCCAGAAGAGAACCUAGAUCCAAGAGGCGAGUGUCGCGGUCUUGGAAUGCGGAAAGCUUGA